AUGCAGUUCGUUGGCCGCUUGAAGGGUGAGCUGCCGGGACUCGAUGAGGGGCAAAGCGAGGAUGAACAGAUCGAGGAGGACGAAGUUGACGAAGCCAGGCAGCACAAGAAUGCUGAUGGAUGGUUUUCGGCCUUUCGUGCACUUGUUGGAAACAAAAAAUUAACAGCAGAAGAUAUCCAGCCUGCCCCUCUGCACUCUCAGUUUGAGUUCCUUCGUUGUUUUCCGAAAAACGAGCAGCCAGAUUGCUGCUUGUCUCGUGCAAUCACUGCUGCUGUUACCAUCCCACAAUAUUACGGCCUAACCGGAGCUUAA